AGGCCCGCCCCGCCCAGCGCGUCCGUCCCGGCCUCGCCCCGCAGCGUCCCUCCCGCGCCCUCCUCGCGUAGUCCCCGGCGGACACCCUGGGCGGGACUUCUGCGCAGCCAUGGCUCAGCACUUCUCCCUGGCCGCUUGCGACGUGGUUGGCUUCGACCUGGACCACACUCUGUGUCGUUACAAUCUUCCCGAGAGCGCCCCGCUCAUCUAUAACAGCUUUGCUCAGUUUCUUGUCAAGGAGAAAGGAUAUGAUAAGGAAUUGCUGACUGUGACCCCAGAGGACUGGGAUUUUUGUUGCAAGGGUCUGGCUUUGGAUCUGGAAGACGGCACUUUCAUUAAACUUGCAGAUGACGGCACAGUGCUCAGGGCAAGUCGUGGCACCAAGAUGAUGCCUCCCGACAUGCUGGCCAAGGAGUAUGGGACGAAGGAGUGGAAGUACUUUGUGUCUGACACCGGCAUGCCCAGCCAGCCAGGAAAAUACUAUUUUUAUGAUAACUAUUUUGACCUGCCAGGAGCUCUCUUGUGUGCCAGGGUGGUGGAUUCUUUGACCAAGCAGAACAGUGGUCAAAAAACAUUUGAUUUUUGGAAGGAUAUAGUUGCUGGCAUCCAACACAAUUUUAAAAUGUCAGCUUUUAAGGAAAACUGUGGACUAUAUUUUCCAGAAAUAAAAAGAGAUCCAGGAAAAUAUUUAUACAGUUGUCCUGAAUCCGUAAGAAAGUGGCUUCAGCAGCUUAAGAACGCCGGGAAGAUUCUCCUGUUAAUCACCAGUUCUCACAGUGAUUAUUGCAGAUUGCUCUGUGAAUAUACUCUUGGGAAGGACUUCGCAGACCUUUUUGAUAUCGUGAUUACGAAUGCACUGAAGCCUGGCUUCUUCUCCCACUCCCCAAGGCAGAGACCUUUCCACACGCUCAAGGACGAUGAGGAGCAGGAGGCGCUGCCAUCUCUGGAGAAACCUGGCUGGUACUCCCAGGGAAACGCUGCUCACCUUUACCAGCUGCUGAAGAAAAUGACCGGGAAACCUCAGCCAAAGGUCGUUUACUUUGGCGACAGCAUGCACUCCGACAUUUUCCCAGCAAGUCACUACAGUAAUUGGGAGACUGUGCUCAUCCUGGAAGAACUCAGGGGCGAGGAGGGUGAGAAGCCUGAGCAGCUGGAGCCUCUGGAGAAGAGGGGGAAAUACGAGGGACUAAAGGCAAAGCCUCUAAAUACCUUAUCUAAAAAGUGGGGCUCUUUUUUCAUUGAUUCGAUUGCGGAACGGGAAAGCACAGAGGACUCCUUGGUUUAUACGUGGUCUUCUAACAAAAUCAGCACCUACAGCACCAUUGCAAUUCCAAGCAUCGAAGCCAUUGCAGAAUUACCCCUGGACUACAAGUUUACAAGAUUCUCUUCAAACAGUUCAAAAACAGCUGGCUACUACCCAUUAGUCCAUUACACCAAUGGUCUUAUCAAAUGACGAGACACCGACAAUAAAAGGAAUCAGAGUGAAAAACCAUAUAUGUACCAAAUGUACUAUUACAGAUGUUAAUUUUCAAAAAUAUUGUAAAAUGCUUUGUAGGAACAAGUUUUUGUGAAAACGACCAAGUAAUUGAUAUUUGUGCAUAAGUCUAUUUUAUAUAAACUAUUUGAUGCUUAACAACUCUUACUAUGUUAAAAUCUAAGUAUCAUAGAAGUACAAGGAACAUUGAUAUUUUCCAUACCAACAGUUUUGAGAUCAGACUAUCCCUGAGGAGGUGGUGGCACAGGAGGUCUCACAGGUGGCUCCCAGCCCACACACGCACACGUGCUUAGCCCAGUGGUUCUCAAAGUGGUACACUAGACCAGCAGCUCAGCAUCACCUGGAGCCUGAUUAUGCAGAUUUGAAGGCCUUCCAAACACCUCCUGGAUCAGAAACCCUGGGAGGCAUCCCAACAGUCUGGGGCUUAUAUGAUUUUUUUGAAGCUAUUUCAUGCUGUUCCUCUCUUUUCUAAAGUGAGAUCAACAGACAUGGGACAGUACUGAAACUCUCUCAGUCUCUGCUGUUCCCCACUAGGUUUUUCUUCCCCUAAUAAUGUUAAUUUUAUUUUAUAAGUAACUGCUUAUUUAUUUUCAGUAACUUUAAAGCAUGCAUUUUCAAAAAAAGGAUGGUAGCCUUCCAGUGGUUAGCCCUAACAAAAAAGGGACUUAGGCUUUUGCUCAUUAAAGAGAAAUUUAUAGUUAAUUAAAUUGAGUUAAAUUUGAUUUUUGUCUUUGGGUAAGAAGAUGAUGAGAUUUUUUUUUUUUUUUUUUUUUUUUUUUUUUUUUUUUGAGGAAGACUGCUCUUUUCAGGUCUGCUGCAUCCAAGGCUGGAGUGUUCUGUGUUCUGUCUUUAGUUUCCUCAGUAGUAGCCACUUGUGAAAAGAUGUUUGGAGCCAGAUAACGCAGGGAUACUGUAACUUCACUAUCCAUAAUGGACAGAAAAAACACUGCUUAACAUUACUUUACUUGGACUGUAGCAGAGAAUUGAGCAGAUGAAACGCACAAUGAAAAGUAACUAUUUUGUUAUGAUUUGUAAAUAUUCCCAUAUAUCCUACAUAUACUUCAGAUAUCAGUUAUCUCAGGGUAAAUACUAGGUUAUUGCUUUUUUUUCCCCUCAAAGUCAGUAGCUUUGUCUGAAAUCUACCAAUAACUGCAUUUGAAACUGGCAUCUGAAAUGUCACUGGAAUAUUAAGGUCAGCAUAUAGUAGUUUAGUGCUCAGUGUAAGAUCUCAUGUAUAAAAAGAAAUUUGAUUUCUUUAAAAAAUAAAAGUUAUUUUUCCUUA